AUGGGAGAGCCCUACACAACCGUUCCACACCACAAACGGGCGCGGGACGGGCGGGUUGAGGUUGAGGAGGUGGGCUGGGCCCUGGGUGGACAGAAGUCCACUGAGAGCAACCAAACCCGCGGCUGUUUCGCGGGAAAUGGUCGUGCUGGGCUCUCCCAGCAUGGGAGAGCCCGAUGCAACCGUUCCGCACCGCAAACGGGCACGGGACGGGCGGCGCGAGGUCGAGUAGGUGGGGCUGGGCGCUGGGUGGACAGAAGUCCACCCAGCGAGCUCAGACCCGCGACCGUUUCACGGGAAACGGUCGCGCUGGGCUCUCCCAGCAUGGGAGAGCCCGACGCAACUGUUCCGCACCGCAAAUGGGCGCGGGACGGGCGGGCGAGGUCGAGUAGGUGGGGCUGGGCGCUGGGUGGACAGAAGUCCACCCAGCGAGCUCAGACCCGCGACCGUUUCACGGGAAACGGUCGCGCUGGGCUCUCCCAGCAUGGGAGGCCCGACGCAACCGUUCCGCACCGCAAAUGGGCGCGGGACGGGCGGGGCGAGGUGCAGUGGGUAGGGCUGGGCGCUGGGUGGACAGAAGUCCACCCAGCGAGCUCGGACCCGCGACCGUUUCACGGGAAACGGUCGCGCUGGGCUCUCCCAGCAUGGGAGAGCCCGACGCAACCGUUCCGCACCGCAAACGGGCGGGUCGAGGUCCGACAGCUCAAACCCGCGCCCGUUUCAUGGGAAACGGUCGCGCUGGGCUCUCCCAGCAUGGGAGAGCCCGACGCAACCGUUCCGCACCGCAAAUGGGCGCGGGACGGGCGGGGCGAGGUGCAACAGCUCGAACCCGCGCCCGUUUCAUGGGAAACGGUCGCGCUGGGCUCUCCCAGCAUGGGAGAGCCCGACGCAACCGUUCGGCAGCGCGAACGGGCGCAGGACGAGCUUGCGGAAGUGGAGGUGGUAGGUAGGGCCCUGGGUGUGCAGAUCGCGACCCAGGGCCUUCUGAGGGCCUUCGUUUGUCGCGGAACCGGCGACGCUCGACUCUCCCAUGCUGGGAGAGUCGCCUGCGUCACUUGCGCACGGGCGGCGGGCGCGGGACGAAGCGGUGGAGGUGGGAGAGCAGGGGUGGUCGAUGAGAGGCGCGCCGACUUUGAUGGCGAGCUGCAAGGCUGUGAGUGUGGGCGUGUGGACAAAAGCGGCUGGGAGAAUCGACCGCAACCGCUCCUGACCGCCAGCGGGGCAUGGGGGAGUAGGGGCCGGCCGUGCGAGGGCGUGAACUUCACGACAGAAGUCGAGGUCUUCACUCGAAGGGACACUGCUCGAGCGAGGAGGAUCGCUCAAGCGCCCUCAGCCACAAUUCUGGACUCCGCUCGAGCGCGCGUCUCGGCAUCGCACGGAGUCUCAAUCCGACUUCAAAUCCCGUCAAUUUGGCGGGUCGGCAAGCCCCUCGUGCCGUUCGGAGGUGCAACCGUGCGGAAUUUCCGGACGGUUGCACCUCCGAACGGCACGCGGGCGCCAAACACAGGACUCUGCGGUUUUCGCUCGAACGACCUCCAUCUCCUCGACUCUCCAGCCUCUGCACCCCCAUAUUCUUGCCAUCCAGCCCGAAUUUUCGAACAUCUGUCAUGCCUCAGGAAGACCAACCUGUCCUCCCCGAAGGUUUCCCUGGAGAACUGGAGUGUUCUCAAGGCAAUUGGAUAUAUACUAACCAUAUCUAGCACUUCUGCUGCAUAUCCCUUCGGGAUCCCUGCAAGCACAAUCUUGAAUGCGCCUGGGGAGUGGGUCCCAGUGGCUAACCGCCCCGAGUCCGCUCCUCCCCUCUUCAAGGUGAACGAGCACCCGCGUAACCCAUACAAGGGAGACGCGAACGCAACGUGCUACCUCACGUUCGUCGAUAACAGCGAGCGUGCUGCCGCUGCGACGACCGCGAGGAAGCCGUCGGAUUGGGAUCUCCCGCAUGUCUCGGAGGACGACGCGCGGGACAAAGGGUGGCACGUUCUGUGCCCACGUGACUCGCUGUUCGCACGGCCCGUCUACGUUGCGUCGCCGGCCGGCCCGGGCUGGGAAGAUGAUGUCCUGCGCCAACAGAUCUUUGCCCAGAGGGACAUGCCCUUGGAGCUGCAGGAGCGCUACCUCAGCCUCCGUAGCGAGAUCAUUGGUCCCGUUGACCAGUGUUCCCGUGAGGCGCCCGUCAAGGAGGACGGGGGCUGGGUGAAAGGCACGGAGUUCGAGCGUCUUGUGCUCGACAAGGGCCUGAAAGGUACCGCUGACCGUAAGCGUAUCUACGCUAUCACCCAGUCCCAGCAGGCCCAGAAUGGUGUCCUGUCCCCCAACGUAGAGGCUAAGUCCUUUGUGGGUGGCGAUGGUGAGGAUGCGAAGAUACGUAGGGAGCUUGCAAAGGUGGGCGGUGAACUUGGAGUUCAUGUCAUCCGCACCGUCCAGCCUGAGCUUCACCACCGCAUGGAGCUGCAGGCCAAGCUCCUCGGGUACUUCCGCCCGGGGAGUGUGGACAAUGUAUGCUUUGGUGGGAGCCAGCUCAACAUCUCCACGCCUGAUUACCUGACAGAGCUGCAGAAAGGGCCCAUGAACUUGUCAGAGUCUCUGGGCUUUUUUGGUGGGCUGCACCAGGAUCAGCAUGAUUCCAUAGGUGCGAUGUCUGUCAUGACUGUCUUCUCGAAGUUGCACGCGGGCAUCCACCCCGGGCUCUUCCUGUUUCCAGAGUCUUACACGUAUGUGAGACUCCCUGACGGUUUCGCAGAGGACGAGACGGAGAGGUCUAGCCUACUCACCGUCUUGUUCUCUGGCCUUCAUUGGCACAUGGGGAUGAGUCCGUAUGUCACGGACCCCUCUGUCGAGAUUGCAGAGGACGCACUGCGUCUUAACCAUAUCAUGUACCCCAUGAGCCGGGUCAUGGAUGGUCAGUCCAUGCUUGCGCUUGGUGCGCUUGCGCGGGACGUGCUGAAGGUCCCACCGGAGAUGUACAAUCCUAUGUAUGACCGGGACUUCAAGACGGAUACCAACAAGCUCAACUACGCUGUUGAUGGUCUCAACAUUGGGGACAGACGUACCGUUGCGUCUUUUUUGGCCGAUGUGGGCCCAUCUCUUGACCCAGACACGUUCUUCAAAGCGUUCUCUGCGGUUGAUGAGGAGGGCCAGCCCAUCACGUUCUCUGACACGGAACUUGUUCCUGUCCUUGAACAUCGGCCUGACGAACCUGAGUACGUUCAUCCAUCCAUUGAUGAGCGUGCUCAGGUUUGGAGGGAGUGGAAGGAGCACAAGCUGCACUAUGCGGCUGUCAUUCCACGUGCGACGUAUGACAAGCACAUUGUCGCCCUCCGCCAUGAAUUGGAGAUUCCAGACCCAGCGCCAGUGACACGUCCUGGACGUUCCAAAGCACACAAGAAGUCCUCCAAGAGUGGACAGAAGACUGCGCAAGCCAAGGGCAGCGCUAAGCCGAAGAAGACCAAGGGCAAGAAGCGUGCGCGCGAUGAGGAGGAUGGUGCAGAUGCUGAUAGCAGACCUGCACAGCGAGUGCAUCUGGACUUAGGAAACGAAGAUGCUCUUCAAGUCAUAGGCCGUCCACGUCGUUCAGCACGUGUGAUGGCCUUAGCAGGACCUGCAGCUGGUCAGGCUAGUGGGUCUGCUGAGCCAGCUCAGCGUGGAGGUGGUAGGACUUUGCGACCUCGGCGUGCCACUCGCCAUGUUUCUGAUGGAGAGGAUGAUCAAGCUCAGCCCUCUGUAGCUCUGGAUGACCUUAUGGGUCCACCUGCAGCGUCAUUGCAGGGUGUGGAUGAUGAAGAUAUGUUCUUUUUCAAAGUUGAUGAGAGUGAUGCUGAGUCUGAUGCAGCGGGUCCCUCUGGAAGUACAAGUGCAAACCCGUAUGCGGCGGUUCUUUCUCUCUUCACUGAGGGGAAGUUCCAUGCCAUGAACAAGAGUCUAGGCAAUGUUGCACGUGUUCUGAACGUGCAGCAGCCAGACUUAGCCUCUGUACCGCGCAAGAUGCUUGACCGGCUCUUUGACGCGAUGGAGGGUGAGGACUCUGCCACUGCACGCUCUGUUGAGUUUGCAGUUUUGUUGCAAAGUAACUGGUCUGCUCAGACCCAGUUUGAGCGCGCUGAUUGGGUCCAGCACCUUAAGCGCGCCAUUCUGCGGUCUGAAGUCAUGCUCAUGAACUACUAUGCAUGGCUGUGGCUGGACCGUGUUGCAGUCAACUACUGCACCAAAGUCCUUGAAGGUGACUCUGACGCUGAUGACUGGCUUGCACGUCUUGCACGCGCUGUGGACAAGGGCUUCCAGUCUUACAACUCUGUGAAGCUCCAGCGCGAGGACUUCCUCCCCAGUCUCCCACCACACGGUACCAGUCGCCUGAUCUGCGUCGUGACCGCUUCCUACCUCCACUCUCUCUUCAUCCGCGCUAUCAUCUCUGCCUUCCGCACCUCUGAUGUCCUCCUUCUGGAUGGCGUCUGGGACAUCUACCUGCGCGCGGAGGCAUCUCUUCUCCUUCCUCAUGAGCGCCAUCGUCUUGUCUCCUCCAACCGUCUGGACGUGUUCUACUAUGAUCUCUGCCAGCUCCCAGUUCUCUCUCAGCCAACGUCGCCCGAUGCGCAGGCGUUUGCUGAGUUCCUCAGACUUCGUGCCGGCGUCAUCCCAGCUCCCUCCACUCCAUCUUCCUCUGCUCCCCCUGCGCCUACCAUUCCCCUGCAGCUCACCAACUCUGAUGCUCACGGUCUUGAUGCACUCUUGGGCUUCAUCAUGGACUGCUAUGGCGUCCUCCCCCAUCUCCUCGAAGGUGCGAAGUUGACCAAGUCGUCGUCUGUUCUUCAGCGCUGGUGUGCGCAGAACGAUGACAAGCGCUUGCCUUUCCGGGAGCUCGCUAGGGGCCGUCGCGCAGUAACAUCUCCCUCUGGCCCCUUCCAUCCUGACAACAUAGGCAAGGUUGGCGCCAUUGCCAGCGGUAUCCUCCACCGCUGCAUCACCUUUGGAGCCAAGGCCUCCUACCUCUCUCCCAACUUCUUCCCUUCUCUCAAGGACUUCAAGAAACUUGUCGCUGUUCACCCGGAGGACUACCUCUGUGACAAGUCAUGCUAUGGGACACACCAACCCCAGCGCGGUCCUCAGCAUGCGGAGGCUUAUUUUGCAGCUGAGCCUCACUUCCGUGAGUUCUUUCGUGCGCACCCGGUUGCGUUCAUGGAUGCGCGACGGGAGUUCCUUGCAGAGUGUCGCACUGGAGCUAUCCAGCGCAAGCGCCUUCCAUCCUCUGGACCUCUGACUUCCACUCUCCUGGCUGCUGACUUUGCAUAUGCUGGGAAGGUGAAGAUGCCGACGGUGGAGGAGAUGGGUGAGGUGGUUUGGAACUUGAAGGCUGGUGCGUUUGCCGGUCUUGCAUGUCUUGGACUGAUCAGCGGCAAGUCAGCUACUCAAGAUGAAGUGUGCAAGGCUUUUAAGCUUGCACAUGAUCAUCUUGAGGCCAAGCUGUCUGCUGAUGUGAAGUCCAAGAUUGUGUUUGAUCCUGUCAUGGUAGAGCACACCCUGUGCAAAGUGAAGAGGGCUGGGAAGAAGGUGCCAUUUUAG